AUGGUGGAGAAGGUAUAUGUGGCUGAAUCAAUAUCGGAGUGUCAUCUGGGUGUUGUGAAUGUCACUACUAGGCUAGCGUGUGCGAACCGUUGCCUCCAGACACAGCAAUGUACUCUAUUCUGCCUCAAAAGUGAUGGUUGUCAUCUGUCCAACGCGAGGGUGGCGUUGCACUACACCCCUCAGGGAACAUCAACUCAGUGCUACUCAAGCUGGAUCAGUAACAGGGACGCAGCCAGCAACGCCUCCAUCACUUCCAUUGGCGACUAUAAUGCUAAGCUUCUCGAGACUCAUGCAACAAUUGGCUUUUACUGCUAUGGUGAAAGACUAUGCUUCAGCUCCAUACGAACCUACAGGCCAUGGUGGGCUGCUAAACUGGGCACUCGCCGUCGGGUCACAUCCGUCAGGAUUCAGAUACGGAGGGCUGCAAUAUCAUACUUCGAGGAUGUUGAAAUUCGUGUGGGAGAUGAUGAAAAUAACAUAAACAACAACCAGCUGCUGGGGUUCUACAGUGGCACAGCAUCCAACGGCGAGGUGGUGACCUUCACAGCCAACCCUUACGUCCUAGGCUCCAUCGUCUAUAUCCAGUCCUUGGACAAUGACUACUACAUGCAACUUUGUGACGUUCAGAUAUUGUACAUCUAAGUGUAUGAGCUAAGGAAGUUUAAGCGACAUGUUUGAUAUCUAAACAUAAACUGGGGAAGCUCCUAUAAGAUAUGUACUGAUGUGUAUGUUAUGCCCAGUUCGUGAACGGGACAGUUCAUUUUGCUCAGUUUGCAUAAUGGGCUCCUGACCUAACCUAAACAAACCAGACUAACCCAACCUAACCUAUGGUUGGUUUAUGUUAGAUUGGGUUAGGUUAGUUUAGGUAAUUUUGCCUAGAUCGUAAAGUUGGCUCCUAAUUUAGCCAAGAUUAGAUUAGGUUAGAUUGGCUGAGUGUGAGUUGGAUUAAGUAUAGGUAAGGUUAAGUUGAGUUGAGUUAAGUUGGGUUGGGUUUAGUCAGGUUAGAUUGAGUUGGGUUUAGGUUGUGGGUUGGGUUGGUUUAGUUAGGUUAUGAGCCCAUUUCACGAACGGGGCAAAAUGAUUGCCUUGUCCCUGAACUAGGCAAUUUCACAUUUACCAUCUGUACAGUACACAGGAAGUGGGGAGCUUAAGUGGAGAAGUUCAAUUAGUUAUUUUAAUUUGUAGAAGACGUGUAAAAGGAAAUGAAAUUAUUCUCACACACAAUUAUAGAGACUGGACUUGCUGAAGCGAUCCAAAGGCCCGAAAAUAUACGGGCAAUCCCGCGUGCAACUCACUCACCCCACCCACAACACACACCUGAUGUUCCACGUAUGCAAGAAACCCACUCAUUCUAAUUCCCUACUUUUCUGUAAAUGAUGAAUCCGUGCAACUUUUAUAUCUUCUAUAUUCUUAAGAGCUUAUAGAAUUUAUGAUCCUUCUGAGCUGUCAUCUGAAACUGAU